CCGGGAGCAACGAACGGCCGCGGCAGCGACAGCUACCGCUUCAGAGGAAGCGUCUGCGGAGGAGGAAGAAGAGCAGGGCAAGGCGGGAGUCACAGGCGGGACCCUCGCCAUGGGUCCGCGGACCUAGAGCGGCGGAAGCUACCGGCCCGGUGCCGAGCUGGCCGCUGCUCCUUCCCUUGGCUCCCAUGGCUGAGGACUGGCUGGACUGCCCAGCCUUGGGCCCUGGCUGGAAGCGCCGUGAGGUCUUUCGAAAGUCAGGUGCCACCUGUGGACGCUCAGACACCUAUUACCAGAGCCCCACAGGAGACAGGAUCCGAAGCAAAGUUGAGCUGACCCGAUACCUGGGCCCUGCGUGCGACCUCACCCUCUUCGACUUCAAACAAGGCAUUCUGUGUUAUCCAGCCCCCAAGCCCCAGUCCUUAGCUGUCCCUAGCAGGAAGCGGAAGAAGCCUUCACGGCCAGCCAAGACUCGGAAACGUCAGGUUGGACCCCAGAAGGGUGAGGUCAGGAAGGAGGCCCCAAGAGAUGAGACCAAGGCUGAUGCCGACACAGCCCCAGCUUCACUCCCUGCUCCUGGGUGCUGUGAGAACUGUGGAAUCAGCUUCUCAGGAGAUGGUACCCGAAGACAGAGGCUCAAGACAUUAUGCAAGGACUGCCGAGCACAGAGAAUUGCUUUCAACCGGGAGCAAAGGAUGUUUAAGCGUGUGGGCUGCGGGGAGUGCGCGGCCUGCCGGGUAACCGAGGACUGCGGGGCCUGCUCCACCUGCCUUCUGCAGUUGCCCCAUGAUGUAGCCUCGGGGCUGUUCUGCAAGUGUGAGCAGAGACGGUGCCUCCGGAUUGUGGAAAGGAGCCGAGGGUGUGGAGUGUGCCGGGGCUGUCAGACCCGAGAGGACUGUGGCCGUUGUCGAGUCUGCCUUCGCCCUCCCCGCCCCGGUCUCAGGCGCCAGUGGAGGUGUGUCCAGCGGCGCUGCUUACGGCACCUUGCCCACCGUCUCCGUCGCCACCAUCAGCGAUGUCAACGACGCCCUCCCCUAGCUGUGGCUCCCCCUGCUGGUAAACGUAGCCGCCGCAGAGGAGGCUGUGACUCCAAGAUGGCUGCUCGGCGGCGCCCCCCGCGAGCCCAGCCACUGCCUCCAGUUCUCCCAUCACAGCCUCCAGAGUCCCCAGAGCUGCACCCCAGAGCCCUGGCCCCCUCGCCACCUGCCGAGUUCAUCUAUUACUGUGUAGACGAGGACGAGCUACAGCCUUACACGAAUCGUCGGCAGAACCGCAAGUGUGGGGCCUGUGCAGCCUGCCUACGCCGGAUGGACUGUGGCCACUGCGACUUCUGCUGUGACAAGCCCAAAUUUGGGGGCAGCAACCAAAAGCGUCAGAAGUGUCGUUGGCGCCAAUGCCUGCAGUUUGCCAUGAAGCGUCUGCUGCCUAGUGUCUGGGCAGGAUCUGAGGAUGGGGCAGGGCCGCCCCCACCUUACUCUCGUCGAAAGAGACCUGGCUCUACUCGACGGCCCCGUCUGGGGCAGAUACUGAAGACCUCCUUGACCACACCCACAGCCCGAUCAGGCCGUGCCCAGACUCCAAUGAAACAGGAAACAGGCAGUGGCUUUGUGCUACCCCCACCUGGCACCGACCUUGUGUUCUUACGGGAAGGUGCAAGCAGUCCUGUGCAGGUGCCUGGCCCUGCUGCAGCUUCCACAGAAGCCCUGUUGCAGGAGGCCCAGUGCCCUGGCCUGAGUUGGGUUGUGGCCUUACCCCAGGUGAAGCAAGAGAAGGCGGAUGCCCAGGAAGACUGGACACCGGGCACAGCCAUCCUGACUUCUCCUGUAUUGCUGUCUGGCUGCCCCAGCAAGGUGGGGGCAGUAGACCCAGGCCUGCCACCUGUGAAACAAGAGCCACUGGACCCUGAGGAGGACAAGGAGGAAGAGAGCAAGGAUGACUCCGCCUCCGACUCGGCACCAGAGGAGGAGGCAGGAGGGGCUGGCACACCCGUGAUCACCGAGAUUUUCAGCCUGGGUGGAACCCGCCUCCGGGACACAGCAGUCUGGUUGCCAAGUCUGCAGGGCAGGCAAUCGGGAAGGGAAGAUGGAUGUAAAGUGUGGGAGACGGAGGACACUUUGGCGCGCACGAGCAAGAGCUGGAACCGGCGAGGAUGGCCUAGAACCCAUGUCGGUGUCUCAGCACCUCCAACUUCGAUGAUGUGGGUGUCCUGUAGAAGAAGCUGGUGCCCUUCAUCACAGAGUUAAAUACUCAUCCUGCCCAGGAAUUAGAGAAGCUGAAGGAAGAGCCCAGGGAAAGUGGAGCAGCUGUAGGCCUGACUGCAGGCCUGACUGCUGCCCCACACCAACGAGGUGAGCCAGCAGAUAAGUGACAACGUGUGUGAACUGCAACAGUGCCUGGUGCGCCUGCACCAAUCUUCCGAGCGUAAAAACAAUAUGCUGCUGCUUCACUUCUGUCCUACAGUUACCAUGCACAAGGUCUCUUGUGGCCCAUCCUAACCGGAAGCAUACGGGGAAGGGAGUUCUGGGAAACGUAGCCUAGUCAAGGUGACGCAUUACAAAGCCACCCUGCCAUGAAUCAGCUCCCAAGGGUCUCACUGCUCACCUGAGGAUAACUUGAUAAAGCUACGUUGCUGGAAAUGCAAAGCUGAAGACCAUGGAUUUCAUGGUGACCCCAGCAAGUGCAGACAUACUGUCAAGCCCACCCAGAAAAAAACUGGCUGGUCUCGGCUAUUUUUGUGUCAUUCAUUCAAGUAAUGAGAACCUGGCCCAUGGUAGGCACUGUACUUGAUACUGGGAUACAGGAAUGAAAAAGAUAUAGUCCAUGCAAUUUUAUUAAAUACAUCAGUAUGUAUUACAAUGGUGAAUGGAUAUCCAACUUUAUCAUGGAAUUUAAUGGUGAAAAUAUAGAAUUCAGGAAACUGUUGGGAGGACAGCCCUUGCGUGAACCUUGUUGGGGCACAAUAGGAAUUGGAAAUAAUAUAAAUAGUUUCUAUCUCUGAGCUGUUCUAUUUUAAAAUUAUUUUAAAAUGA